AUUAUGCUGCACUCGCGAGUAUCCCACACUCACACAGCAUACAGGAGCUGGCAUACUCUAUACGUGUGGAUUUUAUUUGAUUGAUAUUCAAUCUGGCAUUUGGUAAUCAUGAGCUUCCUCCUUAACCAUGUCCGUGAUGGCUUACGGAUACAGCGCGUGUUGAAACUGCAAGGGUGGGCGCAGAGAGGUUUAUCUACAUCGUCGACAGUUUUCAACGAUAAUUCGCCGGCGGCGAGGAAUGUCGAUCGCGCCGAGACCGUCAUCAUCGGCGGUGGAAUCGCGGGCACGAGCAUCGCCUACCACUUGGCCAGGCAGGGCCAAAAGGGCGUGGUCCUCCUCGAGAAGUCGGAGCUGACGGCGGGGUCGACGUGGCACGCGGCGGGUCUCACCACCAACUUCCAGGGCGUCGUCAACCUCAAGAGAAUACACUAUUACAGCUUAAAUAUGUACGCUCACAUAGCAGCUGAAACCGACCAGGAGAUUAACCUUCAUCUUCCGGGUUCUAUCCGCAUCGCCACCACACCCACGCGAGUUGACGAGAUGAAGUACCAAAUGUCCCGCCACGGCCACCACGAAGCGCCACAGUGUCUCAUCACCCCCGAACAGGUCAAAGAACUUGUGCCCAUUGCUAACAUCGACAACGUGUUGAUGGGUCUCUACACACCGUACGAUGGCCAUGUCGACCCCUACUCCCUGACGCAGGCCAUCGCCAAGGGGGCACGCAAGUACGGCGCCCAGAUCCUGCAGGCGACGGGGGUGACGGCGCUGCAGCUGCGUGAGGACGGUCGAUGGAUCGUUACAACUCCUCAGGGAGACAUUCUUGCCAAUAGGGUAGUGAAUGCAGCAGGUUUCUGGGCCAAGGAGGUCGCUCUGCUGGCCGGCUCGGACCUCCCUCUCGUCCCGAACCACCACCAGUACCUCGUGACGUCGACGGUCCCGGAGGUGAAGGCGCUGAAGAGGGAGAUCCCCGUCCUGCGGCAUCUCGAGGGGUCCUUCUACCUCCGCAUGGAACGCGACGGCCUCCUCAUCGGGCCCUACGAGAGCGAAAAGACCAUGCGGCAGUGCAAUGACUGGGUCACGGAUCGAGUGCCUCCAGGCUUCGGCAAGGAGCUCUUCGAACCCGACCUGGACCGCCUGGAGCCACACCUGGAGGUCGCCAUGGAGCUGGUGCCGUGUUUCGCCCACGCCAACAUCCAGAGUGUCGUGAACGGUCCUAUUACGUACACGCCGGACGUUCUGCCGUUGAUCGGACCUGAUAUGUUGCCCAAUAUGUGGAUAGCUGCUGGGUUUGGUUACGGCAUCGUCCACGGCGGAGGAAUCGGCAAGUUCCUCGCCGACUGGAUCCUGGACGGCCAACCGCCCCUCGAGCUGAACGAGUGCGACCCCGGGAGAUUCAACAAGUGGGCGGACAACACCUUCGUCAUGGCCAAGGCGCGGGAGUCGUAUGGAAUGAAUAACGCCAUCACUUACCCUCACGAGGAGCGCUUUGCGGGCCGCCCAACCAGCCGGUUAUCAGGCGCCCACGAACUCCUGGAGAAACGCGGGGCCCGAAUGCACAUCCAUAGCGGCUGGGAGCAACCUGCCUGGUUCGCCGGCCCUGGAAAUACCCCGGAAUAUUGCCCUAGCUUUAGGAGAACGAAUUGGCAUGAGCCUGUGGGCAGGGAGGUCGACCUUAUCAUGAAAACAGCGGGAAUUAUCGACCUUACGCCCUUCGCGAAACUGAUCGUCAAAGGACCACAGGCUGCCGAGUUCCUGAACUACGUUGGUGCUAACAACGUACCCAGACUAGGGCGAACAGUCAUCACUCACGUGCUCUCUCCCUCUGGCCAUGUCUACGCCGAGCUCACCGUCACGAGAACCCACGAGGAUUCCUUCCUCGUCAUCACCGGGUCUGGGUCGGAGCUGCACGAUCUCAGAUGGUUAGAGGACUACGCCCGUCGAGGUGACUGGAAGGUAAGCUUCGGCAACUGCACCGAAGACGUGGGCUGCCUUAGCAUCGCCGGACCCAAAUCGAAGGAGAUUCUUGCCACUCUCGCGCCCGAAUUCAAGGGGAAGUUCCCCUUCUUCUCGUCCAAGGAGGUUGAUCUGGCCGGCGUGAAGACAACGGCGAUGCGCAUUUCGUACACGGGUGAACUGGGCUGGGAAUUGUACCAUCCACGUGAACAGACGGGUCAGCUGUACGAGGCCCUGCUGCACCACGGAGAAUCCUUUGGAGCUAAUGACGUCGGCACCAUCGCUGUGAAUGUCCUCCGCCAAGAAAAAGGCUUCAAGAUGUGGGGUGCAGAGAUGAACAUGGACACUACCAUCAUCGACGCAGGGCUGAUGAGCUUUGUAAAUAUGAACAAGGGAGACUUCGUGGGCCGAGAUGCGUUGGUGGAACUAUUGAAGAAGAGACCCAGGAAACACCUCAUUCAAAUGACAAUCGAUACUGACGAUCACGAUCCUCAUGGCGACGAAACAGUCUGGCUUGGAAACAAGGCUGUUGGCAACACGACCAGUGGCUGUUACUCGUACCACCUCGGAAAGUCCUUGGCCUUCGCAUAUGUUCCUCCACUCCUGUCUGUGCCUGGAACGGAAGUACAGGUGGAGUUACUUGGCGAGAUGCACACCGGCACCGUCCUGGCUGGGCCCCCGGUUCUCACACACACAGCACGAGCCAAGAAGUAAUCUUUCCUGCAUUUUUCAGACGUCUAACCACACAGGGUUCUUGGGACGCUGUACUUGCUUAUAUGGAUUGCUUUUCUUAGCGUGACUGUAUUUUGUAUGAAGAUAUUUUGAUAUUUUGACCCAGAAUUGUUGUGUUUUAACCUUUUGAUAAUAUUUUUAUUUAGAGCUGUAUAGAUAGAUAUUAUUAAAAUUUCUUAGGUAUGGGGUAAAGGCAUUGUACUUGUAUGCGUGUGUAUAUGUAUGCAUGGUUGUAUGUAUUUUCGUAAGGUUCAUAUGUUACUGUGCUGUUGUGACUUAUAUUUCUCCUGUGAUAUCAGACGGCUGUUUUAAUUUAUAUACAGCAUUAUAAAUCCAUUAUGAAAAUAAAAACAGACGUGCUAAUGAGUGUAUCCUUACGAAUCAACGGGGAGAACAAAAAUAUGUAAUAA